UGCAGUCUCGGUGUCCGCUAGUGCAGACACUGAGCUGCACCUUGUCUCCUGCCUGCCUGCCAUCGCCAUGACAUCCACCUGCACCAACAAUACUCAAGAGAACAACAGCAGCCAAGCGUGCAUGCCCCUCUCCAAGAUGCCUAUUAGUCUAGCUCACGGCAUCAUCCGCUCCACUGUGCUGCUUAUCUUCCUCAGCAUAUCCUUUGUGGGUAACAUAGUGCUGGGUUAUGUGUUGCACCGUAAGCCACAGCUGCUGCAGGUGACCAACCGGUUCAUAUUUAACCUCCUUGUCACUGACCUGCUGCAGAUCGCUCUUGUGGCCCCCUGGGUGGUGGCCACCUCCAUUCCUAUCUUCUGGCCUCUCAACAGCCACUUCUGCACCGCCCUGGUUACCCUCACCCACUUAUUUGCCUUUGCUAGUGUCAAUACCAUUGUGGUCGUGUCAGUAGAUCGCUACCUGUCCAUCAUCCACCCUCUUUCUUACCCAUCCAAGAUGACCCACCGACGCAGUUAUAUGCUCCUCUAUGGCACCUGGAUUGUGGCCGUCCUACAGAGCACACCUCCUCUCUAUGGCUGGGGCCAGGCUACUUUUGAUGAGCGCAAUGGCCUCUGUUCCAUGAUCUGGGGAGCCAGCCACAGCUAUACCAUUGUCAGUGUGGUGUCUUUCAUCGGUAUUCCGCUGAUUGUUAUGAUUGCCUGCUACUCGGUGGUGUUUGGUGCAGCCCGGCGGCAGCAUGCUCUCUUGUACAACGUCAAGAGCCACAGCCUGGAGGUGAGAGCCAAGGACUCUGUGAAGAACGAGAAUGAACAGGCAACAAAGAAGAGGGAUGAGUGCCAGGACGAGAAUGAAUUCCCGUGCCAAGAUGAAGGUCAGGCCAACAGUAAGGAAAGCAGCGCCAAGAUGGAAGAGGGUCCCAUGGAAGCCAAGGCCAGCAGCAUGAAGACCAGAGAGAGAAGCCUGGAUUUCAGCGCAGGUAUCCUGGAGGCCAAGGGCAGUGAAGAGGUCAGUAGUGGCAGCAUGGAGGGUCUGGAACUCAGCACCGGAAUUCAGGCAAGUGGCGCAAAGGUAGAUAGCGGCCGCAUCGAGAUCAAUCAGUGCAACAUUGACUUGGGCGAAGAUGAUAUAGAGUUCGGUAUGGAUGACAUCAAUUUCAGUGAAGAUGAUGUCGAGGCAAUGAACAUUCAAGAGAGCCGGCCACCCAGUCGUCGAAACAGCAACAGCAACCCACCGCUGCCCCGGUGCUAUGAGUGCAAAGCUGCUAAAGUGAUCUUCAUCAUCAUUUUCUCCUAUGUGCUAUCUCUGGGGCCUUACUGCUUCUUGGCAGUGCUGGCUGUGUGGGUGGAUGUGCAAACCCAGGUACCCCAGUGGGUGAUCACCAUAAUAAUCUGGCUUUUUUUCCUGCAGUGCUGCAUCCACCCUUAUGUCUAUGGUUACAUGCACAAGACCAUCAAGAAGGAAAUCCAGGAGGUACUGAAGAAGUUCACCUGUAAGAAAAAGCCCACUGUGGAAGAUAGCCACCCUGACCUGCAUGAAUCGGAAGCUGGCACAGAGGGAGGUACUGAAGGCAAGGUUGUCCCCUCCCAUGAUUCGGCUACUUCACCUUAAAGUUAACCCCAAGGCAAACUUUUAACUAGACGCAAAAUAACAGAAAACAAGAGCAGCUUUCUUUUCAGUGCACCACCCACAAUCUCAUUAGUGCCGAUCCUUACCAUUCCAGGCAAAGGUGUUGUUGCAGAAGCAUCCUUAUCCACCACGUGGCAGAUACAUAUUAGGAAGAAGUGAGGACUUGGAUCUUUUCUGAAAGGUAUAAGCUCGUCAAAGCAUGGAGUUUACGAUCUCCACCAAAUAGAUAUAUACUUAUUAGGCUCUAUAUUUCCUAAAACAAGGGCUAUCUGGUUUGGGACUGUUCUUGGUAUUCUGCCUGCCUCCUCAGAGCUAUGACAUUGCAGCUUUAGCUCUGAGUAAAAGGGAAAGUGAUGCCUAUCGACAUAAGGACUAUUUGGCCUUCAGGUCAGGAACUCAUGGGCCGGGGCUACAUAUUGUGUUCAACUGAAAGAAAAGCAAUUGACCAAAUUACUUACAGAGUGCAAAAAGCAGAGCUAGGUGGACUGAUCCCUGCAUGAGCCGAUUUUUGUACUGAAGAGCCCCACAGUAUGGUGCAAAGACUAUACUGCAAACCCUGUCAAAGGGGGUUAUGCGGUUAGACUAUAAAGAAAGCUUCGAGGUCCCCUCAAGGGUCCAGAAAAGAGCAUACAUGAAAUGAAGAGUUAAUUCAAAGGAAGAAAUGGAGAAAUAAGGCUUAUCCAUGGAGUU